AUGCAAGACGAUUCGCGAAUAGAUCUGACUUGUUUGACUAAUUCUUCUGGUCAGCCACCAACAGAAGACAGUAUUACAAAUUUGCUUGCCAGCAGAUACAAGAAAAAUCAACCUUAUACCCGUGCAGGUCAUUAUAAUUUGAUUGUUGUAAAUCCAUACCAGCCACUCGAAAUUUUAAAUGAUGCGACUCUUCGAUCAUACGCCGAUGUUGGAUACAGAAAUAUAGUAGGAAAUAAACAGCCUAUGCAGCCUCAUGUAUACGACAUGGCUGCGCGGGUCUACUUUCAUAUGCGAAGAACUGGUGAAGAUCAAAGUAUCAUCUUGAGUGGUAUUACUGGCUCAGGGAAAAGUAGAACAAAAUCACACUUUUUAAAUCAAAUUUUAUUGUUAUCAACACAUUCUAAGAAGGAGAACAAGCUGCAGCAGCAGAUAAAAAACUCGCUGAUUAUUUUAGAAGCGUUUGGCAACUGUAAAACUACGCAGAAUCUUUCGGCUUCAAAAUAUGGCAUGUUUCAAGAGCUUCAAUUCUCUGAAAGAGGACGUAUUCUUGGUGCAAAAACCCUGACUUAUGCGUUUGACAAAUCUAGACUCACCAUAGUUCCUAAAGACGAGCGUUUAUAUAAUGUCUUUUAUUCGCUUCUAGCUGGUACAAGUCCUGAAGAGCAAGCAGCACUCCAUAUCAAUUUUCCACCCGAGUCGUUUAACUAUCUUGCCCAAUCGAAAACCAUCAAAGUACCGGAAAUCAAUGAUGAAGUUGCCUUUGCCGAUCUCAAAAGUGCAUUGAAAAUCUGUGGCUUCAAGGCUAAAACAGUAACCCAGAUUUUUCAACUGUUAGCCACCAUUUUGCAUAUCGGUAACAUUCAGUUUCAGGAUGAUCAUGAUGGUGGAAACGUAGCUCAAGAAGCGUGUAGUGUCAAAAAUACAGAAGUUCUAGAAACAGUUGCUGUAAUGCUGGGUGUAUCACCUACUAAAUUAGAGCAAUCAUUGACUUACAAGCUGAGAUUAAUCCGAAAAGAACUUUGUACAAUGUUUUUGAAUGCCCAGGGUGCGGCUGAACAAAGAGAUGCGCUUGCUCGGGCUCUUUAUCAUGUUCUAUUCCUAUGGAUUGUAGAAACCAUCAAUACAAAAAUAUGUUACAACGAUGCGGAGCCUGCAAAUUUUAUUGGUAUUCUUGAUCAGUUUGGUUUCCAAAAUUUUAAAUCCAAUGGAUUCGAAGAAUUUUGUGCCAACUAUGCCAACGAACGUGUACACCAAUUUAUCAUUAAUCAACGUUUUAAUGAUUCAGUCGGUUUGAAUGCUAUUAUGGCACGGGAUGGUGUUCCACUUCCCAAAAUAACAACUAUGGACAAUGCAACUUGCCUAGAAUUGAUUGUUGGCAAAGAACAGGAUCAUACACACGAGAAAAAUGUACACAAAUCCGCUGCACUCGGAUUGGGAGGUAUUGUCGGAGUCAUGGAUCGUGAUUGUGCCAAAUACCAAACAGGUGCUACAGAUGCUACCAAUGCCAACUUCCUCGCAACCGUGCAACGAUCCUAUGGCUCACAUCCGUCAUUCUCUAAAUCUGGCCAUGCCUAUUCAUUCGGCAUCAGUCAUUUCUCUGGUUCUGUUCAUUAUACAGUUGAGUCAUUCUUAGAAAAGAAUCUUGAUGAUCUUUCACCUGACUUUGUCAGCUUAUUGCGGGAUAACAGCACCAACAGCUUCGUAUCAAGUUUAUUUGAGAGCUCAGCCAUGGCAACCGAAUCACAUCCUAAAGAUGACCGUACCAUUGUCAAAGCUCAGCUCAGCAGUAAACCUACACGUGCACCUUCUAUGAAACGUCCCAAUAAGCGACGCAACAAUAAUAAUGCCAAUAACAACGUCACAGAUAUCACGAACAUGCCAAUUCCAGAAGGAGCUGAGGCCGAUGCAGAUGAGAUCAGAAAACAAAAGCUUAUCAAAGAGGCUGAAGAAGCCUAUCAGAAUAUGCAAGUAACAACGGUUAUGGAUCAACUGUAUAUGACCCUCCGCGAUCUCUUUUACACUAUGGCAGAUACCCGACUUUAUAACAUUAUUCACAUUAGACCGAACGAUACCCAAUCACCAGACGCUUUCGAUGCAAAGAGAGUGAAAGCUCAGGUGCGGUCUUUCUUAUUACCCGAUAUCACCGCUCGUUGUUCGUACUAUGACUAUGCAAAUUAUUAUAGCUUCAGCGAGUUCCUCAUACGUUAUGAAGGCUUCGUGCAUUCUUUACAGAUCGACCACGGUAAAUCAGAACGGGAACAGGUUCAAGACAUUUUUGCCAUUAUGAAUUGGUCAGAAGCACAUGCAUUUGUAGGUCAAGAUAUGAUUUGGAUUACUUAUGAUACUUGGAAGGAGUUGGAAGACGGAUUACGUGCAGCUGAGAAAGAAGAGCGUGAGCGCGCAAAAGGAUUGAUUGGGGCUGGUGACGGUAAGCAAGAGAUGAUGGACCCCGGCCAUCCAGAUGCCACUGCUAUGCUGGGCGGUGGUGAUGGCCAUUUGAAUAUGAUGAUGGGUGAAAUGCCAGCCGCCGGUGGAUUCCAUCAAGACAGUCAAGAUAGGCUAUUACCUCUCGGUGGAGGUUAUAUUGAUGGCCAUAUGCCAGGUGGAGGGUUCGAAGAUAAUGCUAGCUAUAUGGAUAGUGAAGACGGCCUUAAACGUGACAUAGAAGGAAGCCAAUGGGGUGAAGAAUCUGAAUGGGGUAUGAAAGGUUUGGCUGAAGGUUUCGGUCCCAAUAUGGAUAUGAGUAAAAUGGUAGAAGACUACCACACUCCUCAACAUGAAUCAAUCGAAGAAAUGCCGAUUACAGCUGUACGUAUUUGGUGGAUACGUUUUGUAUGGUUGAUGACUUGGUGGAUUCCAUCGCCUUUCUUAAGAUGGUUUGGAAAAAUGAAGCGUGAAGAUGUUCAAAUGGCCUGGCGUGAAAAAGUAACGCUCUGUAUUCUGAUUUUCUUUUUCUCUGCCAUGGUCAUUUUUGUUAUCGUUGCGUUGGGAGAGCUUAUCUGUCCCGGAACAAAAGAAAUGUAUUCUACAGCAAAUGUUCAAGCACACGGUAUUCCAGAUGACAUGUUUGUCAGUGUCCGUGGACAAGUUUACGACAUCACAAACUUUGCAAAAAGUCAGCACGGUUCUUCGCCUUAUAUUGGCACAACUGAUCUAAUGGCACAAGUAGCUGGCUUGGAUGUAUCUUAUUCCAUCCCUCCUCCUUUAACCGUAGCCUGUUCUGGUUUAGUAACCUCUCCCACAAUCAAGAUGGUGCCAAACAACACUAUUGUCUUGACCAACUUUGUACAUUACUCCGGAGAUCAACUACAAGUAACAACGUUAACCAAAAUGCAAGAUCCUCACUGGUACUGGAAUUAUUUUAUACCCACAAUGAGCCUCUAUAAAAAAGGUAAAGUAGUCGUCCCCGUCAAGCAACUUUACGAGGAUUAUCAAGGCUGGAGCCGUUUGGCACUUGCUAUUAAUGGCCGUGUUUACGAUAUCAAUGAUUACAUGUCGACUGCUAAAACUUAUGAUUCUGGCUCUACUUCCAGCGACUAUCACUUCUUGCAUCCGACGGUCGAAGAGAUCUUCAACAAAUUCAGUGGUACCGAUGCGACGGACAAGUGGAACCAAUAUAAGAACACAAUGACUCCAGAGCAACAAGAAAUGAACAUGGCUUGCCUGGACAACUUUUUCUAUAUUGGCGACGUUGAUCAGCGUGAAACGGCUAGGUGUCUAUUCACCAACUAUAUGUUGCUUUCUUUCGCUAUCUUAAUGUGUGUUGUUAUUGGUGUCAAGUUUUUGGCUGCCCUUCAAUUUGGGGGUGCGCCUACGCCCGAGGAUCAUGAUAAAUUCGUCAUUUGUCAAGUGCCCUGUUAUACCGAAGAUGAAGAGUCGUUAAAGAAGACUAUUGAUUCUCUUACUGUGAUGAACUAUGAUGAUAAGCGUAAAUUACUCUUCAUUAUUGCUGAUGGUAUGAUUAUGGGUAGUGGUAACGACCGGCCAACGCCUCGUAUUGUAUUGGACGUCUUGGGGUAUGAUACGAAGAAUGAUCCUGAGCCCUUAAUGUUCAAAUCUAUUGGUGAAGGCUCCAAGCAACUCAAUUAUGGUAAAGUCUACUCUGGCCUUUAUGAAUGCGAAGGCCAUGUCGUGCCUUACGUUGUCAUUGUUAAGGUAGGCAAGGCCUCUGAGCGUGCCAAACCUGGUAACCGUGGUAAACGUGAUUCCCAAAUGAUAUGUAUGAACUUUUUGAAUAAGGUGCAUUUUGACAGUGAAAUGACACCUCUUGAACUGGAAAUGUUCCAUCAGAUUAAGAAUGUCAUUGGUGUUAACCCCUCCUUUUAUGAAUACAUUCUAAUGGUCGAUUCUGAUACAGAAGUAUUGCCAGAUGCUUUGAACCAUAUGAUUUCGCGUAUGCUUCACGAUGGUCGCAUUAUCGGUCUCUGUGGUGAAACAAAGCUCGUUAAUGAAGACCGCUCUUGGACAACGAUGAUUCAAGUUUAUGAAUAUUACAUUUCCCAUCAUUUGGCCAAGGCUUUUGAGUCUUUGUUUGGUUCUGUCACUUGCUUGCCUGGCUGUUUCUGUAUGUACCGGAUCCGUACUCCUGUUAAAAACGAGCCUUUGAUUAUUUCUCCCAAGGUGAUUCAUGAUUAUUCUGAUAACCAUGUUGAUACUUUACAUAAGAAAAAUUUGCUCCAUUUGGGUGAAGAUCGCUAUUUGACAACGUUGAUGAUGAAACAUUUUCCUCAAUACAAAAUGAAGUUUACGCCACAUGCCCAAUGUAAGACGGUAGCUCCUGAUCGCUGGAAGGUGCUUCUAUCUCAGCGUCGUCGUUGGAUCAAUUCUACUAUCCAUAAUUUAUUCGAAGUCGUUCUCUUACCUGAUCUUUGUGGCUUCUGCUGCUUCUCAAUGCGCUUCGUUGUUUUGAUUGAUUUAAUUGGUACUUUGACACUACCUGUCUCUGUGGUCUACUUAGUAUACCUCAUUUACAUUAUUGCCUCCAAAACGGGACCACUUCCAAUUUUGGCUCUCGCCAUGUUGGCCGGUAUUUAUGGCUUGCAAGCGAUCCUCUUCAUUCUGAAACGGCAAUGGCAGCAUAUUGGUUGGAUGAUAUUUUACAUUCUGGCCAUUCCUGUCUUCUCUUUCUUCCUGCCCAUUUAUUCUUUCUGGCAUUUCGACGAUUUCUCUUGGGGUAAUACUCGUGUUGUGGUCGGUGAUAAGAAGCAAAAGAAAAUCAUUGUGGCUGAUGACGAAAAGUUUGACGAGAAGAUGAUUCCCCUAAAGAAAUGGAGUGUAUAUGAACAAGAGCUAUGGGAAAUGGGCUCUACAGGAAGUCGUGAAACAGGUAUUACUGGCAACACGUACAAGAGCUACCAUACAUACAACUCUCGUGGUACUGGUAUGUACGAUAACCGAACACAGUAUGGCGGUGGAAGUCAAAUUGGAGGCGAUUAUGAUUACUAUCGUGAUACGAAUAUGGCUGGUUAUGACAAAAAGAGGGCACAUAGUCCCAUGAUGGGAGGAGCUGGUUUUGCCGGUUCAGUUAUUGGAGGUUCUGAAUACGGUGGACCAACAGCAGCGCAAGAUUAUAUGAUGGUACCUCCUGGUAUACCACGCGCAUCACAAGCUAUGUCAGUACACAGCUUCGGUCCUGACUUUGCAGCAAGUGGACGAAUGACACCUAUGAUGAGCAAUGCUAGCUUCAUGAUGGGACAACCACAGGCGGAUACCAGCAGUAUGCUAAUCGGUCAGCAGGCUCUACAGCAGCAACCCGUAUUAAGCGGUAACCAAAGUGAAUAUGAUAUGCCUAUGAGACCAAUGAGCCAAUUCUCAGUACCUGCGUCGCAAGCCGGCAUCCAACCUAUGACUCCACCCGGUUUCCCAACUGAUGAAGAGAUUCUAUCAGAAAUUCGAAAUAUUCUGCAAACAGCCAAUUUGAUGAGUAUAACUAAAAAGCAAGUUCGCGAGCAAUUAAGCGCAUUCUUUGGUUUCGAUAUGACGCCUAAAAAGGAAUAUAUCAAUACUAGCAUUGAAUAUAUUCUACAAGGCAGACUUUAA